AAGGGGGAAAAAUCAGGGUAGCCAAAUCCGGGGAGAAAAUUUCACUCUUUUCCAGUGUCUUGUGAUUUUGACGCAAAACGCAAUCAAGCCUGGCAUUCCGGGAGUGUAUGUAGUCCGGAGAGAUGAGCUCAAGCAGUGGUUUUUGCUCUUGCCGUUGCUUUCCCAACGCGGAUUCCAACUCUUAUCUUUCUUCCUUCGCGUUUUCGCCCCACUCCUCCGUUGUCUCUGUUAAGUUUCUUCCUCGAAGUUUGAGGCCUCUUCAAGUUUCUGCUUCUUCUUCCUCCUCCGAUGAUAAUCCUCAGAGUUCUACAAGUGGAAGUAACCAACACAUCAAAGGUUCAGGAACCAGUGCGAGAGGUCGCAGAUUGCUUAGAAUUCGUGAAGAGAAGCGGCAACGGGAACAUGACCGAGUUCACAAUUACCCUUCUUGGGCCAAAGUCCUCGAAGAUGCCUGUAAAGAUGAUGUUGAGCUCCGUGCUGUUCUUGGAGACAGUAUUGGCAACCCUGAACUAAUGAGGAAACGGGUAGAAGACAGAGUCCGGAAGAAGGGCAGAGACUUUCAUAAAUCCAAAACAGGCUCUGUGCUUGCUUUCAAAGUCAGCUUUAGAGACUUCAACCCGGUUGAUUCGUUCAUAUGGUUUGAAUUGUUUGGAUCACCAUCUGAUCGGGACAUUAAUCUGAUUGGUAGUGUUAUUCAAUCUUGGUAUGUUAUGGGUCGCCUUGGUGCCUUCAAUUCUUCUAAUUUGCAGCUGGCAAAUUCGUCCGUGGAGUAUGAUCCUCUCUAUGAUGCAGAGAAGGGUUUCAAAGUGAUGCCAUCAUCCUUCCAUGAUAUAGGUGACAUCGAGUUUCAAGAUAACUGGGGACGUGUUUGGGUUGACCUGGGCACGUGUGAUUACUUCGCGAUUGAUGUACUCCUCAAUUGCCUAACUUCCUUAAGCUCAGAAUAUCUGGGUAUCCAACAGGUAGUUUUUGGUGGACGUAGCAUGGGCGAUUGGGAAGAGGGAAUGACGAAUCCUGACUAUGGUUACAAAUACUUCAGGAUCUAAACUGGGCUUUAAUCACUUGGUUUUGCUAGUUAUUUCAGUACAGCUGAAUUUAUAUCUCUUCCUUUCACUAUCCUCGGUUCCGAGUGGCUCGAUUUGGUCAACAGGACAGAAAGCUGGAGGUUCAGCAAAAAUAUGCAUUGAGCUGUGCAAUAUUUACUUUUCUUCUGCUGCUGCUAUUUUCAGGGGGGUUAGUGGGUGUUGUUGAGGGGUGCCAGUCAAGUAUUUUGAGGCUCUAAUCUCUUGGGUAACAUGAUCUAUUUUGCUGUGUGAUUAUUAUGACAGAUUUUGUGUCGUCAAACUCAAUACAUAUCAGUUCUUAUGAGAAGUUACAAUGGCACUAUUUGCUUUUUACU